AUGAAUGGACAGUCCUUGAUUGGCGGUGCUGGUGACACCCAUCAUGGUCCUUUUUGAACGGACCCUUUUGGAAAUAAAGCUGGGGAGGCAGCACGCAGAGGCUUCACCUACCUAUGCUUGGCGCUGGCCGAUGGGCCAAAAGAACAGGAGCCAGAGGAAGAGAUAACCAUGGAGGACAGCGCCACCGUGGUUAAACUGGACAGGGGUAAAAACCAGUUUUCACCAUGUCGAGGGAGAAAGUGCCUCCCCAAGGCUCUUGGUUAUGUCACCGGUGAUAUGAAAGAAUUUGCCAACUGGCUUAGAGACAAACCUGUGAUACUCCAGUUUGUCGACUGGGUUCUUCGGGGCAUAUCCCAAGUUGUGUUCGUCAGCAACCCCAUCAGUGGAAUCCUGAUUCUGAUGGGGCUUCUGGUCCAGAACCCCUGGUGGGCCCUCAAUGGCUGUUUGGGGACAUUGGUCUCCACUCUGACAGCUCUCUUGCUCAGCCAAAACAGGUCAACAAUAGCAGCCGGGCUGCAGGGCUACAAUGGCACCCUGGUGGGAAUACUCAUGGCUGUCUUCUCAGACAAGGGAAACUAUUUCUGGUGGCUGUUGUUCCCUGUAUCUGCUGUGUCCAUGACUUGCCCAAUUUUCUCAAGCGCAUUGAAUUCUGUGUUCUGCAAAUGGGACCUACCUGUCUUCACCCUCCCUUUCAACAUGGCGUUGUCAAUGUACCUUUCAGCCACGGGACAUUACAAUUUGUUCUUUCCAAGCAAAUUGUUCACGCCCGUGACUUCAGUUCCCAAUGUCAGCUGGUCUGACCUCAGUGCCCUGGAGCUACUGAAAUCUGUGCCAGUGGGGGUUGGUCAGAUAUACGGCUGUGAUAAUCCAUGGACAGGGGGCAUUCUCCUGUGUGCCAUCCUCCUCUCCUCCCCACUCAUGUGCCUGCAUGCUGCAAUCGGGUCGUUGCUGGGGAUAGCAGCAGGACUCAGUCUUGCAGCUCCAUUUGAGGACAUCUACUUUGGCCUCUGGGGUUUCAACAGCUCUCUGGCCUGUAUUGCAAUGGGAGGAAUGUUCGUGGCACUCACCUGGCAAGCUCACCUCCUGGCUCUUGCCUGCGCCCUGUUCACUGCCUACCUUGGAGCCAGCAUGACACACCUAAUGGCUGGGGUCAGAUUGCCACCUUGUACCUGGUCCUUCUGUUUGGCCACAUUACUGUUCCUCUUGCUGACCACAGAAAACCCCAACAUCUACAGGAUGCCCCUCAAUAAAGUCACUUAUCCUGAAGAAAACCGCAUCUUCUACCUACAAGCCAAGAAAAGGACAGUUGAAAGCCCUUUGUGA